AUGAGUGUUAAAGGGUACGAACGUGACAUCCCAGAUGUUCCAGAGGCUUUACUCCAAGAGCUUGAGAACGAAACUGCCAACAAACGGUAUCGUAUGCUCCAGUAUAUGGCUAAGACAACUCUGGAGCAUUUGGAAGUAGUGCGACCUAAAGUCAAGGAUAUCGCUGGUUUCUGGCUUUACACCUUGUCAAACCAUGUCGCUCUCGAACCCCUUUUUGCGCUUAAAGAAGACCAAGAAGCUAUGAACUAUUGCACGGACGUAGAAUUGGUCAUCGACCCGAAAGACCCAAGGGCAUUCAAAAUCAUCCUCCAUUUCAAAGAGAAUCCCUUCUUCACCAACGACAAGCUCAUCAAGGCUUAUGAACUUCCUAAGAAUGUUGAAGAUUCCGAAGAGGAGGCGAAAAUUGAGGGAGAGACGUCUAAAGUGGAAGGAGAGAUCACCAAAGAGAUGCGCGAUUUUGAUCAAAGUGAUCUCAAUUCGACCAGCAUGAAGAUUGACUGGAAAUCAAGUGAAGUGGAUCUAUGUGCCAAAUUUCCUAGACAGAUGUCAGAAGGAGAGAUCGAUUACGAUGGUGACAAGGGGUCCUUCUUUUACUACUUCACCGCGGAAAACGAUCCAUAUGCCGUCGGCCCAAUUUUAUCGCAAGACGUACUCACAGAACCUAUCGAAUACUUUACCGGUAGAGCUGAUAACUGCCGUGAAGCAGAGUACAGCGAAGACGAAGAAGAUGAGGAGGACGAUGAGGAUGAGGAUGAGAUUGACUUGGAAGAGGAAGAGCCACGUGAUCUAAAGCGUAGGAAACUCAACGGCGCUUAA